AUGGGUUCUCUCGCAAAUGAUCAAAACGGGGUCACCCCUUACAAGGGCCUGCCGUAUUACACACCUGCCAACAAUGGCGGGGCAGCUACAAAGCCAGAAGACCCCGCGACACCGACUCUAUUCCGGCCACUCCAAAUUCGCCAGUUAACGCUGAAAAAUCGAAUCAUGGUCGCUCCCAUGUGCAUGUACUCGUGCCAAUCCGAUCCAUCCUCGCCAUUUGUCGGAGCAUUGACCGACUAUCACGUUGCUCAUCUCGGUAACCUCGCUCUAAAGGGCGUAGGCUUGGUCAUUAUCGAGGCAACUGCAGUCCAGGCAAAUGGUCGUAUUUCGCCCAAUGACUCGGGCCUUUGGCAAGAGGGCACGGAUUCGGAGCAAUUCAAGGGGCUUAAGCGUGUCGUUGACUUUGUUCAUAGCCAGGGUGCCAAAAUUGCGGUUCAGCUGGCUCAUGCGGGUCGCAAGGCGAGCAGUAUGCCGCCAUGGAUUGCCCAGGAGGCUGGCAAACGGAGUCUCCGAGCUGAGGAGUCUGUGGGCGGAUGGCCGCAUGAUGUUGUAGGACCAUCUGGUGGCGAGGAACAGAUCUGGGCACCCGGGGAUGGGUUCUGGGCUCCUCGGGAGCUCUCCACUGCGGAGGUGGAGGACGUGGUAAAGGCAUUUGCCAGAAGUGCCGAGUUGGCUGCGAAGGCUGGCGUUGAUACACUCGAAAUCCACGGCGCACAUGGCUAUCUGAUCAGCCAAUUCUUGAGCCCAGUGACCAACAAGCGCAUCGACAAGUACGGCGGCUCCUUCGAAAACCGGACGAGGAUCCUUCGUGAGAUUUCGGCUGCUAUUCGUGCUGUUAUUCCGGAGGGCAUGCCUCUAUUCCUGCGCAUCAGUGCGACGGAGUGGCUUAAGGACAAGUUCUCCGAGUUCUGGGAUCUUGACUCGUCUAUUAAGCUUGCUAAGAUCCUUCCUGACCUAGGCAUUGACUUCCUCGACGUCAGCUCUGGGGGCAAUCAUAAGGAUCAGGUACUUGAGCCUCAUACCAACUACCAGAUCGAUCUUGCCAGUCAGAUCCGGAAAGAAAUCAGACAUUCCGGACAGAAGACAUUGAUUGGAGCAGUUGGAUUGAUCACGGAGGCAAAUGCCGCCAGCCAGAUUGUGCAAGGAUCUGAUAUCGACGAGGCACAUGCCGCUGAAUCGAUGGUCGCAGGCUCGGAUGCCCGAGCUGAUGCUGUCUUAUUGGGUCGCCAGUUCCUUCGUGAAGCAGACUGGGUGUAUCACGCGGCCAAGAGUUUGGGUGUUGAAAUUACUGUCCCCAAGCAGCUGGGCCGAGCUGUCUGA